AUGACCGGGCCUUUAUCAGUAAUUACUGUAGCGUCCUACGCGUUCCUGCUUCAUUGCAUACCCAACAUGUCCGAGAAACGCCGUACAAUUAUCUUUAGCAAUGUAGAAGCGAUGUGCGCGUCAGCCACCGCGGCUCUGCUGUUGGGCGCACUUGCUGUCCUGCCGAGUCGAGGGACCGAGGCCGACGCUACAUUAACAAUUUUGAAGGAAACACGCGAAGCAGGCUCGCAACCAACAAUAAACCAACUUUAUCAAAUGCUCUACCGUAGCCCGGACUCGCAUAAUCAAACUAAACUCCUUGCAAACUCAAACUUUUCUAAUCUCGACAUAAUACCAACUCUUAAACCCCAUAAUCAACUUGAAUAUUCUCCACCGAGCGAUAAACAGGUUAAAUGCUGCUUUAACGAUUCUUUCCCCUCACAAUUUACCGCAAACAAACAUACGGAAGGAGUAUAUGAGGUUAAUAUCACUAAAGACCAUAAGAAAUUUAGGAAAAGAAGAGUUCUGAAUAUAACAAGAACAGAAGAAUUUAUUGGUUACGGAUAUUACGCAGAAGCUACAGCUGUACCAAUGAUAAACACUCCACCAGUGAUUGAAAGACGGCGUAAAAUAGGAGAAGUUGGGUCCAACGCGCCAUUACUUAAUUAUAUAUUCGAUACUUAUUCAAAUACACAUCAACACCGAAAUGAAAAGCCGGGCAACGGAAACAGUAUCUACGCGGCGGCCGCACCAGAAAUGGAGGCGCUAGUGGGCUCCACCGCGCACCUCGACUGCAAAGUGGAUGCGCUACACGAUAAGCUGGUAUCGUGGGUGCGUCGAAAAAAUGAUGAAGAGCCAAUGGAGCUCCUCACAACGGGUACACAACUGUACACUGCUGACAAAAGAUAUUCCGCCCGCUUUAUCCCUCCUGACAUCUGGCGUCUGGAAGUACGAGAAGUUCGUCCAACUGACGCCGCUCAUUACGACUGUCAAUUAUCUGCCCACCCGCCUCGCACUGCGCGUGUCACAUUAUUAGUGCCGGUGGUGUCAGUUCGCAUCGUGGAUGGGGCUGGUGCGUCAGUGACAGAGCAGGUGUGUGAGCUGGGCAGCACGGUGGCUCUGCGGUGCGAGGUCCGUGGCUUGCGCAUGGAGGGUGGACCCUCACUGCUCUGGUACCGCAGAGAAUAUCUGCUCAAUGACGACACCACUAGGGGUGGCAUCAGUGUUCGCACGGAGUUCGGUGCUAAUGGUGCGAAUUCUGUGCUUCGUGUGGCCCGAGUGCGAGCGGACGACGCCGGUCGCUACUCGUGUAGUGUCGCGCGCGCACCUCCACCAGCACCCCCGCCCGCCACUGUCAUGUUACAUGUCAUCAAAGGUGAUAAUGUAGUAGUUAAUUUCCUGUUGGUUUCUGAGACCGAAACCUCUGUCUGUCUCUGA